AAAAAAAGUUUCCGGGUCAUAAAAAAUCUAAAAAAGAAUGCAUGCGAGGUCUUCUACUUCAAACAUGAAAUUUUUGAAAAUGUUUUUAUAAUAAAAUCUAAAAUAUGGAGAACAGUCGUGAAGAGUGUUGCUGGAAGAGUUUGGUUGUGGCUUGUCGUGUCUUGGGAAUAAUAACAGCUUUAGUUUUAUGGGGUGUUGGUGUUGAGUAUGUUUUCCAUGGAGCAUUGUUUGGAAUAUAUUAUUUAAUCAUUGCUAUUGUUGUCUCAUUUCUUGAAGUUGUUUUUCUCUUAAACCAUGUUGUGGAGCUAUGUGUCAGACAAACCAGCCUGUUUAUGAGAAUGUGGGACAUUGUUUUGUGUUUAGAUGACUGGAAGAAAGGGGGUCUCUAUUUUGUGGUGUUUUCACCACCUUGUUUUGUAAAACCAGCAGAAGUUGAGUUAGGCAUUCCUGCAGGCUGUUUGUUAAUAGUUACAGGCAUCCUGUAUAUGUUGAAAACUUUAAAAACCAAACGUGAUGAGGAAAAAGAAGAUAGAAUGUUACCUAACACUCCUUAUGACAGGUUUGAGGAUGAUCAGGAAUACAUUGAAGAUGACAUCAUCAACCCUACCAACAAUCUUAGUGUGGGCAUGACUAGUGUGGCUGAUCAAUCAGAGAUAUUGGACUUGUAGCAGUACAAGUGUGUACUUAGAGACAUGGUUAAAGUGGUUCUGUUUCAGCUGAUAAGUGCAUUGGAGAUUGUAUUGCUAAAAGUGCCUACAGUAUUGUCAUUUUUUCUUGAAUUCUUAAAAACAAAAACAAAAUUCCUAAGAUAUCUCUUUUAUUGUGUGUUUGUAGAUUUUAUAUCAAAUCAUAUAUGCAUUUUUGUGUGUAAUAGUUACUAUAUUAGUUUUUUAAUAUUUGAAUACAUGGCUUUUGUGAUCUUAAUGAAGCAGCACUAGUUCUUACCUUUAUGAUUGAUGGUAUUGAAAUUACUGUAGGGUAUGCUCUAUAAAAUUGAUUUUAAUUAUUUAGUCAUGCAAGAUCUAUUUUAGUAAUUGUUUCUAAUGUAAACUUUUAUAAUAAUAUAUGUACUAUAGUUAAUUUAAAACUAUUAUAUAAAUAGUACUAAUCGCCAUAUCUAUAAUUAUAGCCUAUGCAUUGUUUUUGUUAAGCAUUUUACACUGAAACUUUUGUUGAUGCAUAUUUAAAAAUGUUAUUGCUAAUUCAUUCUGUUAAAUUAUUUUAUACGUAUCUACUGUAUUGGGAAUCUCAGAGAAUUAUUUAUUUUUUUUUGCUAAAAUUGUUAAAACAAAUGAUAUUCAUGUCUUCCUUUAUUAUUUCUUCAUAAUUUUCCAACCUAAUAGAUUCUUUAAAAAAUUAACUGAAGCAUUUUCUUUCCACAUAUUAAGGUGAUCAAAUAAUAUUUUUUUUUUUGUAAUGUAAUAUUUUAAUAAAUGUAAACAAAAAAAUAAUUAAAUAAGCUGAAACAGUAUAUUUUGUUCUUCAGGCCAUUAUUCAGUUGUUCUACAUGGGAAGAGGUAGGGCAAAAGUCCUAAAUUCAUUCUUUCUGCUACAGUUUUAAAUGCUACCAUGAAUUGUGUUAAUGUCGUACUUGGCAGUUUAAUUUUAGAUACAUCUCUUUCAUUUUUGCUAUAAGUUAACAAAUAGUGCUUUCAACAGUAUUUCACAUGAUAACAAAUGCAAUCAUCAUGCUUAUAAGAAAGAUUAUUCUGUUAUCAUUGAAAUGAAAUUUUGAUCAUAUCCUGUGAGCAUAGAUAUAUCUAUGUUCAUGGUUUUAUUUAUUCAUUUUUUUAAAAUUUAGACUAAAAAGGCAAUGUCUUCUCUUUUUAAGGUGAAGGAAGAGUGCAGAAUUUUACAUGGUUAUUGUAGCUUUCAUUCUAUUUCCAAUAGAAGCAUGAUACAUUGUAAGAGACAGGAAGAAGAUUCUGUUAACCUUACAUAAGAUAGAGAAACACUUGACCAAAGUUUUUACUGUCCAGCACAGCUGGUAGUUUGAUUAAAAUAAUUAACAGCAGAGCAUUGUGGACAAAAUAGUUGAACUAAUUUAAAAUAUUUUAAGGCUUUUUAUUUUCAGCUCUACAAACUUAACAUUGUUAAUUUUACAUGUUGUGUAUAGAAUAGACAUAGAUACUGUUUGUGGUCCCACAUUAAUAAUGAUUUCAUAAUCUAUAACAUACUUUGUUUAGAUUGACAUUACAAUAUAUAUAGAUGUAAUUUAUAAGACUCUUUGUCUACAUUCACUUGAAUGUUUGGAUUAUUUUCUUUAAAAAACCAAAAGCAGCAUAAUCUCAAUUUUUCUCUAACUGAAACCUUUUACCAAUAUUAAUAUACAAAGGUCAAUUGUGUUUUAUUUUAAAAUUUCAGGGUGGCUCACAGAAAAGUUUGUCCACCCGGCUCUGAAUUGAGGAAGUUGGGAAAUCCCUUUUUUCCACCAAUAUUAUCCCAUGAAGAAUGGGUUGUGGCCAAAUAGAUGUUUGGCAGACAAGAUCAACAGUAAUUGGUAUCCUCCAAGUCCAAGGCACAUACUGGAUAUAAAGGGCAGGCUACUUUUUCAUUGGACACCUGUAUUAUGUUUAGAAGUUAAUUCUUAGUUUAGUAACCAGCAGUUAAUAAAUAGUUAGUUUAAUGAGACACACAAAUUGGACAUUAGUUUUCAUCCAAUGGUGCAACAUGGGUUCACAUUUGUAUUCGAAAUAGCUCUGUCCAUCAAAGACAUUGUAGUGAUAGUAAAUAGUCCUGGCCUCUGUUUAGUCACACCUUGUUACUAAGCUCCUCACAAAGACUGCCUGACAUUAUUAUCUAUGAACUUAUUUUACGUUACUACUAUCUGCUUUUUGUACUGUUGAAAUGUUUCUGAAUUAUAAGAAUCUGACUCUUCUGAUAUUACAAUAAAACCAAAUCUCCAAGCAUAAAGCUUGCCAUAAGUGCUAAUAAUUGUUUUUCUCUUGUUGCUAGAACUAUUUAGUUUCUAUGCAAUAAUAAUACAGUACCAUAAUCUGAGCUCAGUGUAGUGUUUGUAUGGCUACUAUUGUAGUUUUCAAAUGAGCUUUCAAUAUAUGUCAUCUAUGAGAUAAGCCUAUAUUUGUUGCUUAUUGUUUUGUUUAAUAUAAAUCAUUUUCCUGAACCAUUAGCUUAUUCUAUAAUGUUUCAAAUAUAUUUCUUUUCUACAGAUACUUUUGUGUAAGUUUCUAGUUUUUAAUGAAUUCCACUAUCUUUUCAUUUGUUUAUGUAAUGAGGUCUGAUAAUAAUUCAUACAAAUAAUCUGAAUUUUUCAGUCAUUAUUGUUCUUUUUAGUACUUGUAGUGUUGUUGUUUUUUUAAGGAUUAUAAUGUAAUCUUUUUUUUUAAUAUACAUAUAUAUAUAUUUAUGUAUGGUGCAAUGCAGUGAUUCAAUAAAAAAUUCACUAUGGGACAUGUUAGGGGGGAUAUUAAAUAUUGUUUUGUAUCAUAAAAUUGAGAUAUCACUUAAACACAUUUAAAAAAAAAAAAAAAAAGGCAUAUCAAAAACUAAUCCUUUGAUUUCACACUUAGCUAUGUUAGCAGUUGUGUUGGUGCAGGUGUGGGAACAACUUAGGCCAAAGAUAAAAAAAAAACAAGAAACACCCAACCCAUUUCCAUGAGCCCAUUUAAGGUGGUGUGUGACCGGUGAUAUCCUGUUUGCCACUUAUGUACAUAUCCUUUAUGUUUACAUGUCUGACAGUUCUUUCAGACAUUUUUUGUUAGUACAAUUUAAAGAAAAAUUAUCAGGUGUAUUGUAUUUAUUUAUAUUUAUGUGUGUAUUGAUGUGCCAUUUGUCUUUGCCUGUGUGCCUUCUAAAUUGAUGAGUCUUCCUAUUGUAUUUGUUGCUGCUGAAUACAUAUAAAAUAUCAACUUCAGACUGACUAGCUUGUUAGGGUAAUGAUAAAAGAUUGUAUUGGUUAUUGCUAUUUGUGAUUGAUAAUGAUAUUUUGGAAAGUAACCUUGGCUGCAUUAUUAGAUUAUACUAUUUAGGAGCUGCUAUUAUUGGUUAUAAAAACAUUUCUAAACCUAAUUUUAUUUGAUCCAGUUCUUCCAUCAAGUCACACUUGAUGUAAUUCUGAAAGUUAUUUCAAUAAUAUUGAUCUAAUAAUAAAUUCAAUAUGAUAUA